AGGGAUCCCGUGGUAGCUAAAGACUCGGUCCCUGGUUAAUUGUGCGACUCCUUAACUGCUGAUGUCAGUACUAAUUGGUUCGACAUGGAUCAUUUUGGUGAAGGUGUCACACUACACAUGAAUUGCAUCAUACCCAUUACUGACCGGCAAGGGUCCGAUUUGAUCCAUGGAGAUGAUUUCCCACGGCACGUUUGGAACUGCAUGCGGGUGCAGGGUUCCCGUCCUUGCUCUUCUGGUCUUGGUUCGUUAGCACACCUCGCACGUCUGGAUGUAUUUCCGAAUUUGGUUUCCCAUCCUUGGCCACCAGUAGUUCCUUUCCACCAUCUCCUGCGUUUGGUUGAUCCCGGCGUGUCCGACCAAAGGUGUGUCGUGGUGUAGUCCAAUGAUCCUGUCCCGCAGUUCCUUGUCCCUUGGUACGUAGAGCUUCCCAUGGUACGUGAUGAGCCCAUCC